AUGAUAGAAGAUUCAUUAUUUGCUGAAUCCUUUUGGAAUCCAAUACCACUUAAUUCAUUUUCAAACGAUGACGAUUAUAAUGUGUUUUAACUAUACUCAGGAAACACCCCAGUACAAAUAAGAGUCAUCCCAGGGUAAUUAUUAGCCAGUAGUCAAUAAUUGGAUUUAUUGCAAACAUUCAUCACAUUAGACGAGAAAGGAGUGACACUUUAAAAUAAAUUUGGAUAAAUAACUUUCUUAGGACCAUAAUUAUAGUAGUUUUAUGAACACAUCAAUAAAUAUUGUAUGCAUCUAGAUAUUCAAAAUCAUUAUACAAUUGAGAAAUAAACUCACUAGUUAGAUAAUUUUGAGAUUUUUCAAUCCAGAGAUAAAAUGACUGGUAUUUAAAAGUCAAUAAAAAAGUAUUCAAAAAAAUUAGGAAAAUCCUAUUUGUAGACUAUUGUUGACUAUAGGAAUUAUGAAUAUUUAUAUGAGGAUGACUAAUAUCUGUAUUUGGUCAUGUCAUAUUUAAAUGGACAAAAAAUCAACAAUUUAACUUUGGAAGAGUCAUGUUUUGGACUACUCAAACUAUUAUACAAAUAUCACAAUCAAGGCUUUGCAUUAAACUGUUUCUCUGAAUCGAAUACUAUUUUAUUGGAUGAAAAUUAUAAUAUGGAAAUACUGGAUAAUUCUUAACUUAAAAGAAUUACAUCCGAUUAGCAAAAAGAAAUAUAGUAAGAUGUUCAAACUAUUCAUAAUUAUCUUUUAUAAAAAUUUCCCCACAAAUAAGAUACUUUGUAAAACAUUUUAGACACAAAAAUUCAAUCAGUCCAAGAAUUGCUCUUCCAUUAAUUAUUUAUCAAUUACUUUGGUGAUAGCCACUUUUUUGUGUUCUUAAACGCAAAACCCUAUCAAAAGUACAACAACCUCACUUCAAAUCCUUAACUAAAUUUGCUUGAAACUUUCAAUACUAUAAGAUCAAGUAUUAUGGAUUCAUCAGAUGAAUCAGAUGAUGUGUAAGAAAUUAAUCAGUUUAAUUUUUCCCAUUCACAAUUCGAGGACUCUCCAAUGCUCUCUCCUAAGCUGAAGCCAAAACAUCAGUCAAGAUUGUCAAGUAGAUAAGUUGUCCUUGAAACCUUAUUAAAUGAACACAUAAUCACACCUGAAUAAUUCCAAUAGUUUUAUAAAGAAGAAGACUUUUAAAACGAGCAGGAAAUAAAUGAGUUUAGUGAAAUGCUCUCUAAAGAAAUUGAAAAUUCUUAAUUAACAACUCCCAUUUAAAGUGAUUCCACUGCUACCUGUCCUAAUACAGUUAUUAUUCACUCUAGAAAAAAUGUCGUCAAUCGAAUUAGUGAUAUCAUACUUGAAGCUUAAUAGGAAUUUAUUUAAGCUACAAAAAAACCUUAUAAUGUUAGUAAAGUCUAGAAUGUAAGGAAGAAUCUAUUCAAUUUACAUUGA